ACCCCGGAAUCCUGUGGAAUUGAGGGAGGCCUCGGCGGACCCCGGCGCCACUCGUCUCGUCUCCCCUGUCUGGGCUGGCGGCUGCAGGUAAAUCUCCACCAGCCUCCCCUUCUUCCUCCUCGCCGGCGGCCCAAACGUCUCCGGCGCUAUUGUGGCUCACUCCCUCCUCGACCAUCGGCUCCACUCCUCCAGCGAAUCUUCCUACUCCUGUCCUAACCCUACCCGGAGCAUGGGGCACACCGGCACGCCUCAUCUUCCCGUACGCCGCCGCCCCCAGGGUGGAGUCCUCUGUUAGCCAAAGUGUCCAGUGGACAAGUAGAUAGCACAAGCAAGAUGCAUUAAGGCCAUCAGCAUGAGAGAUCAGGUACCAUGAGUGUGAGCAAUGGUAAGAAGAAGUAUAGAGGCUAUCUUACUUGGACGGAUGAUAUGGAUCAAGCGCUCCUGGAUGUUCUUGUUGAGCAUCACAACAAUGGGGAUCACACAGCAAAUGGGUGGAAGGCACAUGUAUACACUAAGGCAGUGAGAAAUGUGCGGGACAAGUGCAACGUGGACAUCACAAAGGAUCAUGUGAUGUCAAGAUGCAAGACGUUUGACAAGCACUGCAAUGUCCUUGGCAGAAUACUCACCCAUGAUGGAUUUGAGUGGGAUCAGGACAGGAACAAGCUUGUGAUCCACAAUGAGGAUGCUUGGAGCAGAUACAUAGAGAAGAACAAAGCUGCUGCUUGCUAUCAGCAUAAAGUUAUCAAGAACUGGAAUGCAAUAAGCCUAAUAUUCUCCAGAGAUCAUGCUGCAACAAGUGAAGAUGUUAGUGCAGGUGCUGAGAAUGGCCAAGAGGUGGCGAUGAAGGUCGCCGAAGAUGUUCGUGACCGUACUCCAAGUUCACCUUCAACAUCUGGACCUAGCAGUCAGUACCGUCCUGAAGCACCCAUGUUAAACCAAUCAAACAAACAAGGCAGGGUGAAGAGGUUCAAAACAAAGGAUGCACUCUUUUGCAUGUCUGGUGACAUCAAAAAUUCGUUCCAAAUAUCUAUGAAUUCCAAUGAGACUCAAGAGGAGCCAAAGAGUGCAUGUCCUAAGGAAAUCUUUGCAGCACUUCAAGUGAUACCCAACUUAGCUCGUGAUGAUUUGCUAAGAGCCUAUUGUAUGCUCACAAACAGUGAUCGAAAGUUUGAAUGUCUUAUGGCACUUCCAAUGGACAUGAGGAAGGAUUGGUUGUUGAUGGAGAUUGGGAAGAAAUGAAGCUCAGCCGAUUUCUGUCCUUACACCAGAUUUAUUGUUAGGCUUGCUAGACUUGGAAUCUGUAUCUGCCAACUCUUCAUUGCAAUGUAGCUAUCUAUGUGUACAUUCUGUUCAAGAUAUGUGCUACUGUCUUAAUGUUUCUUUGUUAUGUCCAGUGCACUAAUUUUGUAUGCUUA